AUGACAGCUUACAAGGACUUAGGACAUAUGGAAUUAGUCCCGGUACAGGCAAUCACUAGGAAGGAGUGCUAUUACAUGCCCCAUCAUGCCGUUACCAAGCCGGCCGACCCAGACGGCAAGAUACGAGUAGUCUUUAAUGCCUCCUGUAGCACGACAACUGGGUUUGUCUUUACUACAGAUUUAGUGAAAAUGUUUAGGCAAAUCAGGAUUCACCAUAAAGAUGCCAACCUACAACGGGUUCUAUGGCGGACGGAGCCAUCAAUGGAAGUACAGAACUUCCGACUCAAGACUGUUACCUAUGGAACAACUUCGGCACCGUACCUCGCCAUCCGCACACUUCUUCAACUGGCACAGGACGAGGGAGAAAUGUUUCCACUGGGAGCAAAGGCCAUUCGGACUAAUACAUAUAUCGACAUACUGGCGGGAUCUGACACCUUGGAUCAGACUCUAGAGCUCAAAGCUCAACUAGUUCAGCUGUUAGCUUCGAGGGGAUUUCAACUGAGUAAGUGGGCCAGUAAUCAUAAUGCUCUUGCGUCCGAGGAAGACCAGGAAGACAGACUAAUAACGGAAGGCCUAAGCACGCUGGGUAUACUAUGGUCCCCUCAAGAAGAUACAAUAGCGAUAAGAGCAGUGCCACCACUUACGCAGAAUACUGACUACACCAAGAGAUUAGUCCUGUCUAUUAUCGCGAGAUCCUACGAUCCGCUAGGUUUGGCAGCGCCCGCGUUGGUGGCUGCAAAAAAACUGCUACAGGAUUUGUGGAUGGCUGGGCUGGAAUGGGAUCAAUCUCUUUCUGAACCUCUACUACGUCAAUAG